UGGUACCCGUCGGCUCGCCCCCCGUCGCCUCCCUUUCUUCCUCGUCUCCUCCUCCUUUUCACACGCGCAAGCUGCUCGAGCGAGCGCGCACACACUAUCACAGGGAGGGGAGCAGGAGAGGGAGGAGAUGCCGGUGCCGGGGAGCCAGAACGGGCGGCCGAGGCCGGCGAAGGCGGAGACCAUCCACGGCCUCGCCCGCGCCGGCGACCUCGCCGGCGUCCAGAGGAAGCUGCAGGAGAAUCCCGCCCUCAUCAACGACCGGAACCCCGUCAUGUCCCAAACACCGCUUCAUGUCGCAGCUGGCUACAAUAACACUGGCAUAGUCAAAUUCUUGCUUGAUUUCCAAGGCACGGAUAAAGUUGAGCUGGAAGCAAAGAACAUGUAUGGAGAGACACCCCUGCACAUGGCUGUGAAAAACAGUUCUUGUGAAUCAGCAAAAUUGCUACUUGAACGUGGUGCACAUAUAGAAGCCAAAGCAAAUAAUGGCAUGGCACCAUUGCAUUUAGCUGUCUGGCAUGCACUUCAAUCUGGAGAUUGUAGCACCGUAAGCGUGUUGCUAAGCUACAAUGCGGAUUGCUAUGCAAAAGACGAUGAAGGCAAAAUCCCUUCGAAUCAUAUUCCUGGAGGAGCUGGUAAUGAGAAGCUGCAGAAACUCCUCACUCGCCAUAUGGAAGAGCAAAGAAAACGGAAAGCCCUCAUGUCAUGCCGUGAAGGAAAAGCAAUGGCGGAGUUUGAAGAAGCAAUAUCACAAAUUGUAGGAUUACAGGACCUCAAAAUGCAAUUGCGUAGAUGGGCCAGGGGAAUGCUUUUUGAUGAGAAACGACGAGCUAUGGGCUUAGGGAUUGCUAGCAGAAGGGCUCCCCAUAUGGCAUUUCUUGGCAAUCCAGGAACAGGUAAAACAAUGGUUGCUCGGAUUCUUGGAAAGCUUCUUCAUAUGGUUGGGGUUCUCCCUACCGACAAAGUUACUGAAGUACAGCGAACUGAUCUUGUUGGAGAAUUUGUGGGGCACACUGGACCAAAAACUAGGCGAAAGAUACAGGAUGCUGAGGGUGGAAUUCUGUUUGUGGAUGAAGCUUACAGGUUGAUACCGAUGCAAAAAUCUGAUGAUAAGGAUUACGGUGUGGAGGCCUUGGAGGAGAUAAUGUCUGUAAUGGACAAUGGCAAGAUAGUUGUGAUAUUUGCUGGAUACUGUGAGCCAAUGAAGCGCGUCAUCGCCUCCAACGACGGCUUCUGUAGGAGGGUCACAAAGUUCUUUUAUUUUGACGAUUUCACCACAACAGAAUUAGCAGAGAUCUUACAUCUGAAGAUGAAUAACCCAACUGAGAGCAGUUUGCUGUAUGGGUUCAAGCUGGACCCAAGCUGCAGCAUCGAGGUCGUUGGAGAGCUGAUUGCCAGGGAGACAACUGAACAGCGGCGUAAACAGAUGAAUGGUGGCCUUGUAGACACGCUGCUCAUCAAUGCCCGUGAGAAUCUAGAUCUACGUCUUGAUUUCAACUGCGACGAUGCGAAUACUAUGAUCACAAUCACAUUGGAAGACCUGGAAGCUGGCCUUAAGCAGAUCUCCAAACAGCGGCAGUUGCAGUGACACCAACCAAUUUGGAGACAAAUUUUUGGUUAUAAUUGGAAGCUCAUCGACAUCAGACAAAGUUUCAGUCAGGUUCAAGGAUUUUGAUGGAAUCAAAUAGUGUGAUUUGGUCCAAUUUUUUUGCUGGCUAUUCUUUCUGUUGUAUCUAUUCACAUUGGUAGGUAAGAUUUAUGCCCUUCUACAAUAGCACUAAUACGCAUGUAGUUCUUUAUUAUUCCCAUUGAGGUAUAUAAGCCUUUGUAAAUACAUUUCUUGCAUUACGAAGCAUCUUUUAGAGGUGAUGAAAGUCUUGUCCUUGUCCAGGUAA